AUGACUAAAGGAACAAAUCUCAUUUCGAUUACAAAUUAUUGUAGAUCAUCAGUUGAAUUGGAAACAAGAAUGACAUCAGUCGAACGUGUACUCGAUUACUGUUCUCUUGAUCAAGAACCUCCAGCACAAGUUCCACUAAAUCGUCGACCACCGUCAAAUUGGCCAUCUCAUGGUAGAAUCGUAUUCGAAAAUGUUUCUAUGUCUCAUUCAUCUGAUAACCAAUCAUCACUUGCUCUACAUCAUCUUUCAAUGACAAUUGAAGCUGGUGAAAAAGUGGGCAUUGUAGGAAGAACAGGUGCUGGAAAGAGUUCAUUGAUUCAAACAUUGUUUCGUAUGGGAACACUUGUUAAUGGUCAUAUUAAAAUCGACAAUAUUGAUAUUGCGACAAUUGGCUUGGAUGAUGUUCGACGUCAUAUUUCCAUCAUUCCACAAGAUCCUAUUCUUUUUACAGGUACUAUGAGAAGUAAUCUCGAUCAAUUCAACGAAUAUUCUGAUGCAGAAAUUUGGCGUGCACUUGAACAGGUACAAUUAAAAACAUUAGUUGUUGAUCGAAUGUCAAAUGGACUUCAUUCAAUAGUGAGUGAAGGUGGUUCAAAUUUGAGUGUUGGACAAAAACAACUCGUAUGUUUGGCAAGAGCUAUUUUAAAAAUGAGUAAAAUUCUUGUAAUCGAUGAAGCCACUGCCAAUGUUGAUAAUGUCACUGAUGAAUUGAUUCAACGAGCUAUUCGUGAAAAAUUCAAAGAAUGUACAGUUCUUACUGUAGCUCAUCGUUUACGAACAGUGAUCGAUAGUGAUCGUAUUCUGGUUCUUGGUAAUGGAGAAUUGCUCGAAUUCGAUUCACCCAAAGUUCUUCUCUCGAAUUCUACUUCUCAUUUUGCUUCACUCGUCGAACAAACAGGUGUAGCUGAGGCUGAAUAUCUUCGAAUGUUAGCAAAUAUGAAAUCAACAAAAGACAAGCAGGAUUUUGAUCAAGAACCAUUACCAGAUAGCAAAGAAACUGAUCCUCUUCUAAUAUAA